GCUUGUCCGCCUAAAACCGCGCCUGCGCAGUCCGUCUCUUCCUUUCUGGGCUUGGUGUUUGUUUGCGGCGCAAUGGCCAAACGCACCAAGAAGGUCGGUAUCGUGGGUAAAUACGGGACCCGUUAUGGGGCCUCGCUGAGGAAGAUGGUAAAGAAAAUUGAAAUCAGCCAGCAUGCCAAGUACACUUGCUCCUUCUGCGGCAAAACCAAAAUGAAGAGAAGAGCUGUGGGCAUCUGGCACUGUGGUUCUUGCAUGAAGACAGUAGCUGGUGGCGCCUGGACCUACAACACCACCUCGGCCGUCACGGUGAAGUCAGCCAUCAGAAGACUGAAGGAACUGAAAGACCAGUAGAAGUUCCCCCUUUUGAAGCAUCUCUAGCCUGUAAUAAAUGGGUUAAUUUAUGUAA